AGCCAACACCACUCAACUCUGGUACUUAGUCCGAUGGGAUCUCCGCCGCAUUCUCAAUCAUCCAUGGGCCGCUACUCACGAGAAUCCUCCUCAACCCGAUUCUCCGGGUCUUUGAAACCCGGGUCUCGGAAAGUCAACGACGGCUCGAAGCGGAAAGGACACGGCGGAGAGAAGCAGUGGAAAGAGUGUGCGAUGAUCGAAGAAGAAGGGUUGUUAGAUGACGGCGAGAGAGAUCGUGGCAUGCCUCGUGGGUACUAUGUCUUGGCCUUCAUCGUUGGGUUCUUCAUACUCUUUGGUCUCUUCUCUUUGAUUCUGUACGGAGCUGAUAAACCUCAGAAACCGAAGAUAACUGUCAAGAGUAUAACAUUCGAGACGCUCAAGAUCCAAGCUGGUCAAGAUGCUGGUGGUGUAGGAACAGACAUGAUCACCAUGAACGCGACUCUGAGUGUUUCGAUUUAGGCAAACAUCGUUCUUAUUCAGGAACAUAUAUUACUUCUGUCAAGCACCAAGAGAGGACUACUUUCAGCGAGCCAAGCCUUACAAAGAUCAUCCUACCACUGCAAGGUAUCCUCUUUUUCAUAUUGGUGCACCUUUGAUACUUAGAUUGUGGUUUUUUGUACUUUCAUCAACACGGGAGAUGUCAUCUGGAGAUGUUUCCGUUAUAUAGUUGUGCUUGAAUGGUUGGAUAUGGGUUACUAACACAUGAUGCAGAAGCUGGCAAAGGAUCUGAGUGUAGUGAUGCCGGUUAGCUUUUUUUGAGUAGGCAAAUUAACGCACUUACAACUCUAUUGACAUUAUUGACUCUGAUGGAACUAACCUCGGGAUUUAUAGGAAGUCGCAUACCCCUGAUGGACCAGCUAUAUGUUGGGAUCAAUGGUUUCCCGAGGCAGCUAUACUGUUUUAUCCCACUGCCAUUGGCUCUGAACCUCAAGACCAGGGAUUGGAUUCGGGGUGAUCAUUGGAGGAGUCUUUCCUGCUAGAGCUAAUGUAGUGAGCUUUUAGGUCUCAUCACUGUCCAUUUUCAAAGUCUAUCUUGACACGAUGUGCAUCUGCCGUUGAACUGAACAGUCCUUUUUUCAACAACAAAUCGAUUUUUCUGCAAUGAUCAACAAUGGAACCGACGGAGCAAUCGGUUUCAAGAAUUUAUGAGCGAAAUAUAUUUUGCAUGCACAUGUCGAUUAUGUUUACAACGUGAUGGACUUUGCAAUUGGGCAACGUCUUUAGGUUUUCAGAGAACAGACACAUGUGAUUAUAAAUUCAAAUUAGUAUGUUUUCGUAGUUGGCAUUUUCUGUGAUUACUACAUCGUCCAAAUUUCUUAUAGAUUUCUUUUUGUAAACCUGAAAUAUACAAAUACUAAGAUAUAUAUUCUUUUGUCUUUAGCACUUAA